GACACCGUAAUGACUCUUUGAAUCUGCUAGCUGGGAGGUAGACGCUCUUCUCUUGACACCGUAAUGACUCUUUGAAUGUGUUAGGUAGAGUCGCGCAGCCUCUUAUGUUGACAUUUCAACUUACCUGUUACGAUUUUAACCAUGAGCAAUUGCAACGGGGGAGGAUUUAAGAUAUAUUUUUCAUUUUCCACGAAUAUUGAUACAACACAUUUAACCAAAUAAUCCAUCCACAACAUAAUUUCAGGAGUGUGUUUGGGUACACCUAAAGUUAGCAAGGAAGCUAAUGUCAUCGUAUAAGCGUAAGCUAGCAGAUAAUGCGUGGCUGUUCUGGGGAUGCCACUUCUGAUUACAGUUAAUAGUCAUCUUUUCUAUCUGGGACACCAUUAAAAACACUCCGGUCUCUACGUGAGCUGACCCUGGACCUGUCAGGAUGAGGAUUUUAAGGGUUUUGAGGAAAGGCGUCUCCGCUGGGAAGGACAUCGACUAUUACUCUAAGUUUUCACCCUCACCUCUUUCAAUGAAGCAGUUUCUGGAUUUUGGAUCAGAAAAUGCCUGUGAGAAAACCUCCUUCACCUUCCUUAGACAUGAGUUACCUGUGAGGUUGGCCAACAUAAUGAAAGAGAUCAACUUGUUGCCAGACAACUUACUGAGGACUCCUUCAGUCCGCUUGGUCCAAGGCUGGUACAUGCAAAGUCUUCAGGAGAUUCUUACAUUCAAGGAUAAAAAUGCAGACGAUGAAAAAGUCACAUAUGACUUCACAGAUGCGGUAAUAAAGGUCAGAAAUCGUCACAAUGAUGUCAUUCCCACCAUGGCUCAGGGAGUUGUUGAGUAUAAGGAGACGUACGGCACGGACCCGGUAGUCAGCCAGAAUGUUCAGUAUUUUCUAGAUCGUUUCUACAUGAGCAGAAUUUCCAUCAGGAUGUUGCUCAACCAGCACACUCUCCUCUUUGGUGGGAAGGUGAAGGUGAAUCCAGCACAUCCAAAACAGAUCGGCAGUAUCGAUCCACACUGUCGGGUCAGCGAGGUCAUCAGAGACGCGUAUGAAAAUGCGAGAAACCUCUGUGACCGUUACUACAUGAACUCACCCGAGCUGGUGCUGGAGGAAUACAACGUCAAAGAAAAGGACAAACCCAUCACUGUGGGCUAUGUGCCGUCCCAUUUGUACCACAUGGUGUUUGAACUGUUCAAGAACGCAAUGCGAGCCACCAUGGAGUUAUACGGUGACGCCAUGGAGUACCCCGCUGUCCACGCGCAGGUCGCUUUGGGAACUGAAGAUCUGACAGUCAAGGUGUGCGAUCGUGGAGGAGGCGUGCCGUUGCGUAAGAUUGACAGGCUGUUUACCUACACGUACUCCACGGCUCCUCGGCCCAGCAUCGAUGGCCGCGCUGCUCCUCUGGCUGGGUACGGGUACGGCCUGCCCAUCUCUCGACUCUAUGCUCGCUACUUUCAAGGGGACCUGAAGCUCUACUCUCUGGAGGGUUAUGGGACUGAUGCUGUCAUCUACAUAAGGGCGCUCUCCACAGAGUCCAUCGAGAGGCUGCCUGUGUACAACAAGUCAGCCUGGAAACACUACAAGACCAUCCACGAGGCAGACGAUUGGUGCGUUCCCAGCAAAGAGCCAAAGGACAUGACCACGUUCCGCAGUUUCUAGACAUGUGAAUACAGCCGAGGUGACGAAGCAAAGUGUGCAGAGAGGUUGCGGUCAAUGGAUGGUGGGUUGUGUGUAGCUGCAAUUUAUCCGUUCAGAUUUCCCUUGUACAGAAAAAUAGAACAAAGUUUUAGUGCCAUAUAUACCAGAACCAGCUCCCUGAAAAGCCCAACAUACAGUAUACUAGAUCUUAAAGGCUGGUACCAUCCUUGAUACUUGACAUUUAAACAAUAUAUUGGCAAUAUUUGUUUUCUUUUGACCCCUAUGGAGAAAGCAGAACGUCUUAAUUCUUUGCUGGUGAGUACAGAGUCGUGUACCAUAACACAGACAAAUCAAUCCUCCAGCAGACUUUAAGUUAAACCUAUCACUCAUUUUUGAGGGGCAGCAGUAACAGGGAUGAAAAUGAUUACAUUCUUAAAAAGAGCAAGUACUGUUUAUUUUGAACUCAUGAAGAGGAGUCAUCACUGACUUUGAAGUGUCUCAUAACCAGUUUAAAAACUACUCGCAGGAUAUUUCAGGUUGCUUGUAAAUGCCUGCUUACAGAGUGGAGCUGAUGUUCCUGGUUCUUAGCACCCCUGGUGGACAAACUGUAUAACUACAUCAAUAUUUCUAAUUUACCUCAAACAUAUUUUGACAUCCUUUAAAUGCAGAUUGUCAUGUACCGAGCUACACAUUAAAAACAGCAGCGUGUCUGUCGGCUUAAAUGCAGGUGUUAUGAUUUUGGAACUAAUUAAAUUUCCCUCCAGCAUAGGACACUUGAUUAACUGAAACCGAAUGUUUUGAUAUCACAAGGGGUGAGAGGAAAAUGUAUCCGAGACUCAGGUGAAACCCUCCUUUAAAGUAGAACUUUUUUUUUGUUUACACUUUGCACUCCUUGUGUUUAUGGCGUUUCUUCAUUUGGUUAGCAGCUUUGAAUUUGCUCAAACUCAAACGUAACUUGGUAGUUGAUCUGUGAAGGUUUUUUUUUUUUUAGCCCUGCUCAGUGUCAUGUUUCUUAAGUCAGUUUUAAAGGGAAACACCUUCUGCAAAAUGUACUACUUUUUUUUCUUUUAUAAAUGUGUCACAAGUUUCCACCGAAAAAUCUUAAAGGUGGAUCAUUCUCAUUUAGGGCAUUUCUCCUGCAGUGGAACAAUUUGUGCAAAGGCAUGUGAUAAAUCAGUAUUGAUUGGGGAUGUGAAAGGGAAAACGUGCACCUUUUUUUUUCUUUUGUUACAUAUGAUAUAAAUAACGUGUUGCAUAUUUAGAUUUCCUCCUAAAUUGUACAUUCUAAGUUAUAGUGCUAAGAAUCUUGAGACAUUAUAGACAUAAAAUAAACAGAUCAAAAAGACAAUCUUCAGUAUGAAUACAGUACUUUGGUUUCUGUGGUUGGGACUCAUUCUGUUCAAUAAGCUAUUUUUCCACAUUUGUCAUGUUACAUUAACAGUUACACUUGUAUGCAUCAUGCUUAAUAAAAGAGACAUUUGUCAGUUGGAU